AUGGUCCCACCCCCGCGCGUGCCUCCUGCAGGAAUAUGGGCUCCAGCAGUCACAGCCUUCAACAGUGAAGAUGACACAAUCGACUAUGAAUCUGCAAAGAAAUACUACGCCUAUCUAUCGCGCAGUGGACUAGUGGGGCUGGUGAUUUUAGGGACCAACGCAGAGACCUUCCUCCUGACUCGAGAAGAACGAGCUCAACUUAUCAAGACUGCUCGCGAAGCGGUAGGACCUGAUUAUCCCAUAAUGGCUGGKGUGGGUGGUCAUUCCACCAAGCAGGUCCUGGAAUAUAGUCAGGAUGCCUACGACGCUGGAGCAAACUACCUUCUGGUCCUACCACCAGCCUACUUUGGUAAACAGACCACCCCAGCCGUCAUAAAACGCUUCUUUGCAGACGUAGCGCGCAAAGCUGCCUUGCCCGUGGUGCUCUACAAUUUCCCGGGAGUCACGAACGGCGUCGACCUGGACUCCGAACUUAUAACCGACAUUGUCAAUACGUCAGCCGCCUCAUCUGCAGACGGCACCAGCAACGUCGUCGGCGUAAAGCUGACAUGCGCCCAAGUCGGGAAAAUCACCAGACUAGCAGGCACAUUUGGACCGGACAAGUUCUCUGUCUACGGCGGACAAUCCGAUUUCCUCCUCGGUGGAUUAGCCGUCGGCUCAGCGGGGUGUAUCGCCGCAUUCGCGAACGUAUUCCCUAAGACGAUAUCACACAUCUACAAGCUGUACAAGGAAGGCAAAUAUGCGGAAGCGUUGGCGUUACAUCAAAAGGCUGCGUUGGCGGAAUCGCCGAGUAAGAGUGGCAUUGCGACGACAAAGUAUGCGGUAGCGAUAUAUUCAGCACCCAAGGCGGGCAUAGAGAAUACAGAGGAAAAGUUUCUGCCACGAACGCCGUAUGAGCCGCCUACUGAGGCGACGAAGCAGCUUGUCAAGAAGGUGAUGGCUGAGUUGGCGGCGAUUGAGGAUACGCUCUGA